GCUGGUUACAAUACUGUCGUGGAUCUUAAUUCUUCGUUUUUUAAUGCCGGCCCGGAAGCCUAAAAAUAUCUACGAAAUUUUUGAGUUGAUGGCGUGCCGUAAAUCGUGGACGGUUCAGUUUAACUUUAUUUAAAUUACAAUCUUUAUCCUUCAAAGGAUACAAAAAAAAUGGGUCGUGUAAUUCGUGCUCAGAGGAAAGGAGCUGGAAGUGUGUUCAAGUCACACACCAAACAUCGUAAAGGUGCUCCAAGAUUGAGAACUUUAGAUUACGCCGAAAAACAUGGUUAUAUCAAAGGAGUCGUCAAGGAUAUUCUCCACGACCCAGGUAGAGGUGCACCUUUGGCUAUUGUGCACUUCAAAGAUCCCUACCGUUACAAGACUCGUAAAGAAUUAUUCAUCGCUCCUGAGGGAAUGUACACCGGCCAAUUCUUAUACUGCGGCAAAAAAGCUACCCUUCAAAUCGGUAAUGUUAUGCCCGUUGGUACCAUGCCCGAAGGUUCCAUUAUCUGUAAUUUAGAAGAAAAAACAGGAGACCGAGGCCGUCUAGCCAGAGCUUCCGGUAACUAUGCUACCGUCAUCGCUCAUAACCCAGAUUCCAAACGUACCAGAGUUAAAUUACCUUCCGGAGCUAAAAAAGUUAUCCCUUCGAAUAAUCGUGCUAUGGUUGGUAUCGUAGCUGGCGGUGGUCGUAUUGACAAACCUAUUUUAAAAGCUGGACGCGCUUAUUAUAAAUACAAAGCUAAACGUAAUAGCUGGCCUAAAGUUCGUGGUGUUGCUAUGAACCCAGUCGAGCAUCCUCACGGUGGUGGUAACCAUCAACACAUCGGUAAAGCUUCUACUGUCAAAAGAGGAACGCCAGCCGGUAGAAAGGUCGGUCUUAUUGCUGCUAGAAGAACUGGUAGAAUACGUGGUGGUAAAACAGAUACCAAAAAGGGCGACGAUUAAGUUAAUCGAAUUUUUUAUGUUUUUAAAUAAUAAAACAACUGGUUUACAGA